UUGUCAAAUAGUUGAUCGCUGUUUCGUCGGCUCGGCAUCAAUCAAUCAGUGAAAUAAACAGAAAAUUUUCUCGCGGUCUUCGCGAAAACUUGUGCAAAAGCUCAAAAAAUCAGAUAAAUCGCCGAGAAAACCUUUGCAUAGGCAGUUGGAACUAUUUAAUGUAUCUGACAUCGACCCAGCACAAGAAAAUGUAUUCCGGCGGAGGAGGAAACCGAAACACAAGCUACCAGCAGCAGCAGUAUAAUAGUAACCAGCGCAACAACCAAACCCCCGCGGUCGGUUCCGACUAUGGCUAUGGUGGCGGAAUGAACCAUAACUUCACCCAGGGUAGCGAUUCCAGCUCGUUUGGCAUGAGCUCGAUGCUGUCCGGGGCCGAUUCCGGGGCCUCGGGAAAUGUACCGUUCUACAUGCUGCAAAGCUCCAGCUAUAGUAGUUCCGGCGGUGGUGGCAAUUCAAACUAUAAUUACAAUUAUAACACUAACUCUAACUACAACUCGAACUCCAGCUAUUCUGGCGGUGGAAAUUACUCCCAGUCGCAGUAUUCGGCCGCCUACCAGACCCAGGGCUAUCAGAACAGCUCGGAUGACAGCGGCAACAACCGCCGGAAGCAGGGAGGUUGGGUCAAGAAGGACUCCCUGAAGCGGGCCACCCCGUACAGCGGUGCCAAGGGAACGAACAUGCUGCAAAAGAUGGGCUGGAACCCGGGCCAGAGUCUGGGCAGGCGCCAAAACGGUCAGCUCGAGCCGCACAUGCCCGACAUCAAGACGAACCGGCGCGGCUUCGACGUUUCCUCCCAGAAGGUAUUCGUUCCAACCGGGCAAGGCGUCAAAAAGAAGGCCCAGAUUGGACCGCAGCCGGUCAAGUCCAUCAACCUUGUCACCGAGGGUAAAAAUCCAAUCAGCAUCCUAGAGGAGUACAGUACCAAGCGCAAGUUGCAGCCUCCGCGCUACGAAACCGUCGUUGAUGAGGGACCGGUCCACGACAAGACGUUCGUGUUCAAGGUGAUCGUCGACGGGGUGGACUAUCCGGCGGACAAGGGAGGCAAGAAGAAAAAGGAAGCCAAGGCUGAAGCCGCCCGCCAGUGCUUGGUCAAGCUGGGUGUGCUGGCGAAGCCGACGGAGGUCUAGAGCCCGUCACAGAAGCUGGCUGGAUCUGAGUGCAGUGAAAUAAAUUUAAAUUGACACACCCUUAAUAUAAACGGUAUUUAAAAUGAGUGCACAUUUGAUUUAAGUGUAUGAAUGAAUAAUAAAAAUAUGCGUUUUAAAAAUAGAAA